CGGCCAAAUCGGUAGCACAACGCCUCCUCGUCUGGCAACGGCAUGCAAAAUGGCGCGGUCAAGGUAGCAGCGCAAAGCCUGCGUCAGCACGGAAAACCUAAUCGACAGCAGGAGUUUGAGGAAGUGACAACGUUCCCGAUUGUCCGGCCAUGUUUAGCCGGCUGUACAACGCUGUGCGGCAGCACAAGAAGAAGAUAUUCUUCAGCGUCGGCCUAGUCGGAGGCGCCUACCUUUUGAACCGGUAUCUACAUGGAAAACUCCGUGACUGGGAAACAAAACAGACUCAGAGCUACAUCGAUCAAAUCAAACACCAGCACCACUUCGAAAAUAUUCUACAAACGUCGGACAACACGAUCCUAACUCUCCUGGAAAAGGUCAGAGAGCCACUACUCGCCAUACUCGAGACGGACAGCGUGCUCGAGAAGCUCAAGACGCGACCUGCCAACAGGGUCGAACUUUGGGAGGAACUCAAGGUGCGCAUUCUCACUUUCGCGGUGGCAAGCGUGUACGCGGAAAGUCUGCUCGCCUCGCUGGUUCGCGUGCAGCUCGGCGUUGUCGGUGGAUACGUCUUCGUGAACUCCCAGCGCGCGCAGCAAAACUCGGGAGGCGUCUUGCCGGCACUCACCAACCAAGACAUCCAUCAGCGCUACCUGUCACAGGUCCAGCACUUCUUCGAGAACGGCCUGCACGAGCUCGUGCGUGUUGUCAGGGACGCGGUCGUGGCCGCCUUCGGUCACAUCAGCCUGAAGGAGCGCGUCGGCCCUGCAGACUUCGCUGUGGGUUUCGAUUUCGUCAAGAAGCACAUCUCGCGGGACUCCAAGAAGCCACUUCCAGGCUUUCUUCGCUUGCUCCUGCCACCUCUCGAGGUCGAAGGCGAUACGGACGACGUCAGGGUGCUCAACGUGAUGAUCCUCGAGACAAGGGACAUCCUCGAGACCGACGACUUCGCCAAGGUUCUGGGAAUGUGCAUCGACCUGGGGAUCAAUAGCCUCACGAACGAUGUCGAGGUGUGCUUCAAAAAUAUGCGAGUCGCAGCAGAAGCAAAUGCCAGUGGUGACCGAGCUGAAUGUUCUGCCGCCUCUACGUCGGCGGUGUCAACGGGAUUUCCUAUGGCAAAAUUUCUGCCCGUGCUUAGGAACAGCCUCGUAGCCGGCAGGCAGGAAUGCUUCCUCAAAAUCGUGCUCCAGGCAGAGCUACUUCGUAGCAUGCUCGCCAACGUGUACGAGGCCUUCUGCCAGACAGAGGACGCUGACAGGAUUAACCACAACCUGACACCAUUGUCAUGAUUGUCAGAUGGCGGCAUAAAAUUCAUGCUGGGGAUGAUUGAUAGCAUGACGACGGACACGUGUAAGCGUUUGCGAAUACUCGGUUCGUAGUUUGUGGUGCAGUCAGUUGCUCCUACAAACAACAUACCAAACAUGUUGCGCACUUGGUGUCUCGCAACAUGCCAUUCCAAACACACAUGUGUGUGUGAUAUUGUCAUUUCGGUGUACUUGUCUGUUUUCACAUACUUCCCCUUGUUAAAAAUGUUCAAAGAUACUGAAACUGACUGCCUUUUCAUAACUUCAAGACAUGGACUUUUCAGUGUACGUACUUGUAAAUCUUGGUGGAAUGUCACUUGCCAUAAGUGUGAGAAAAUGUGGAGAACUACAGAAAUUACCAUUGUGGAAAGCUCACUAACAUGUUCCAUCUUCGGUGCAUUUUAUCCUUUCGUUUCCUUUGGCAGCUUCGCACAUUCACUGACUGUAAAUCUUAGUGGAAUGUCACUUGCCAUAAGUGUGAGAAAAUGUGGAGAACUACAGAAAUUACCAUUGUGGAAAGCUCACUAACAUGUUCCAUCUUCGGUGCAUUUUAUCCUUUCGUUUCCCUUGGCAGCUUCGCACAUUCACUGACUGUAUUUUGUACAGGGUGCUUUUUCCUAGCUGCACCAAAUUUUUAAAAUGAGGAAAGUGUAAAUCACGGUAACGUUGUUUACCAUUUGAGUGUCUGGAUUCGCAGCCUCUAGAUAUAGAGUAAUUUCCACAAUUACAUGCAUAAUUGGUGAAGUUAUGGUAAUUAACUUUCUAAUUAUCUAUAAUAGGUGGCUACAGCAAAUGAGCACUUUGGGGCCCGUCCUCGACACUACCUAUCCCAACGAUCAAGUUUUGAACAGCGGAGUUCAUACGGGAAUUACGCAAACAAUUAGUCCCCCUUGGCAGGCUCCUUGAAAUUGAAAGUGGCUGGAAAAAGAGCGUCUGUGUCGAUGUUGCCACCCCCCUCCUUUUGUCAAGUCUCCAAGGUCACCGGCGCUCCGUCCCCGUGAGCAGCUUGCAUUGUCUUCUUGCUGUCUGUGGCGUUGGCCUAGCACUUCAAUGCUGGCGGGCUGCCAAAUUUACUUCGUCAUUCCGUUGGGCGCCACGUGUCCACUUAACCGACAAAAUGACGUUUCAGGCUUUUUGAUGAGAACGACAUUAAGUAAAAAUUCACUUUCUCUGCGAGAGCUGUCUUAAAUGCGCGUGCAAGUUGUGUAAAUAAAAACGUGUAAACUACAGGAACAUAACUCACCGAUUGAAGGGGGAAAAAAAGGAAUACCAUAUGAUUGACGGUACAGACUGAUAUCUAACACCCAAAGAGUGAGAUCGGUGCUAUUGCAGCAAUAUGGCACCCAACGGAAUUACGAAGUAAAUUUGGCGACAUUGACAACACAGAUGCUUUUUUUCUAGCCAGUUUCAGUUUCAAGGAGCCUUCCAAGGGGAACUAACAGUUCAUGUAGCUCCCACAUUACCUCCGCUAUUCAAAAUUUGAUCAUUGGGACAUGUAGUGGCCCCCAAAGUACUCAUUUGCUGUAGCCACCCAUUGUUAAUAAUUCGAAAGUUAAUUGCCGUAACUUUGCUAAUUACGCACAUAACUGUAGAAAUUGCUCUAUCUAGAGGCUGCCAGUCGGUAUGUACACUCAUAUGGUAGACAUAACAAGACCGUGAUUUAUAUUAUUCUAAUUUUAAAAAUUUGGUGCAGCUAAAAAUAAAAACAGCCUGUAGCUAUUGUUCUCUUUCACAAUUAAAAAAGAGAUAUUCAGGUCUAUGAUGUCUCCGACAUUUAGUGGCUUUUACAGUGCAUUUGUGCAGCAGCAUGUGUUCUACUGCUUUGUAAAUGUUCAUGUAGUUAAGUAAUGCCAUUGCAGGAACAAGUGAGGAUUACCGAGUUUUGUGGUUUUUUGCAUUGUUCGAAUCAAUGCUUGUGAUAAAAAAUGAAAAUGUCUUUAAGUGUAACCUGUGCUUAUCCGACGCUUGAUUGACACCAGGCAUGUGUAGCACUCACGUGAACCAGGCAUGACCUAAUAUCCUUGGGCCAUUUGUAUUUUGUUCAGUGUUAGUUCACAAGUGCACUCAUUAUGUUCUUGAUGCAGCUGUGCUUUUUUUCUGUUAACUAAUCAACACUGCAGAAGAACGAAUGGGGCAAAUGAGUGCUAUUAGCCAAAGUGCUCACAUGAAAGCAUAGUUAAGCUUGCAUUUACUGGUGGAGGUCUCACGUUUUAUGUAUUCUGAGCACCGGUAUAGGUCUAAUAACUUAUUAAUGUGGCACCUUGUCUUGUGAAUAGCAAACAUUAAGUGGUGGAAUUGAUAAUUGUAGUUGUGUUUGCGAGAGGAGGUAAAUGUGAAAUGUAACAUAUUUUUUACCUUACGGCAAGCUUUAUACAUCAGUUAACUUUUUUGGUGGACUGUUUCUCUUGCCCUAUAGAGAAUAAAAUGUUCACAAUUCAGAAAAAUAUCACAUGAAUGUCUACAUUGGCAAGUUUAUGAACAUAAAUUCAAAGUUUGUAAAGUCUAGCACUGCAACCAAGGUUACAUGUGUCUAGAGGGACAGUCACGCUUUCAUGUUUUCGUUCUGCUCAAGCUGGAAGUUUACUUUGCAGGUAUGUUGCAUACGAGCAUUCCAACACCUCAUUAAAUUAUUUACCUACAUUAAUGUUUACCAAUUGGCCCAGCAAUAGAAGUGUGCAAUAAAAUGUUUUCCUAUG